AUGACCUGGAUGAUUCAGAAUGUCCAUAGACAAAGGAUCAGAUGGUGGAAGACUAAAUAUUCCAAACUUCUUCUCAAGAACUCCGAGAAGAUCCCUCAAGACAUCCACAAAGAAGUCCAGACAGCCUUUUCCACUUUACGAAAGCAUGUUUGUUUCUUCCAAGACCUUGUAAGGAUCAAAGGGAAGGAUUUUGUUACCCCCGUGUCUCGUGUAUUAAUUGGGAACCCGGGGUGCACUUACAAAUAUUUAAACACAAGGUUAUUUACAGUCCCGUGGCCUACAGAAGGCUAUGACAUCAACUAUUCAAAUCCUGAAAUAUCUCUGGCUUGUAAAGCCUUCCUCCGGCUGAAUGACUACUUGCAGACAGAAUCUUUGCUGAGUUUGCAAGAGCGGGAUUUGGCCGAGACACCCGGAAUGCAGAAUUCACCCCUCGGGGACGGGAAUCAAGAUUAUGCUCCUAACAUUACCGAGAUGGAAGCUGUUUUGCGAGAUCAAAACCCUUCUCCGGUCCCGAAGAGUGACUCCACCGUCCUGGAAGAGAGAACAUCUUACAACCUGACGUUAUUAAAUUAUAUGGAUCCCCAGGAAAUGCCGUCCUUGAAACCAGAGCCCUAUUUUGGCAUGGGGAGAAUGGCUGUGAGUUGGCACCACGACGAAAACCUAAUGGAAAGGUCAACAGUGGCAGUCUACAGUUACAGCGUGGACGAAGCUGAUGACGGUGUCCUUGAAGAAAAAUCUGCAGCUGGCAGAGAUCCAGAUGUUUGGCAUGUUGGCCUGAAAGUUGCUUGGGAUAUAGAGACACCAGGCUUAGCAAUUCCACUUCAUCAGGGAGACUGUUACUUUAUGCUUGAUGACCUGAAUAUGACUCACCAACAUUGUGUGCUGGCUGGCCGGCAGUCAAGAUUCAGCUCUACACACCGAGUGGCAGAAUGCUCAACGGGGACCUUGCCAUACAUUCUGGACAAAUGCAAGGCAGCGCUGGAGAAUUUGAGCACCGAUCUUGAUUCGAAGGGCCCGUCCCUGAAAUCAUUGGAGAUCGGAGAUAUAACGCGGGUGGAAAAAACUCACAGUGAGGUGGAAUUUGAAUGGUUGCGGCAGUUCUGGUUCCAGGGGAAACGGUACAGAAAGUGUACUGACUGGUGGGACAAGCCCAUGGCAGACCUGGAAGAACUUUGGAGACAAAUGGAGCUCAUGGUGGAAUUUGAAUGGUUGCGGCAGUUCUGGUUCCAGGGGAAACGGUACAGAAGGUGUACUGACUGGUGGGACAAGCCCAUGGCAGACCUGGAAGAACUUUGGAGACAAAUGGAGCUCAUG